GAGAAUUAGUUCUGAGCUACACCAUUCACAUUUCAGUCUUCAGUUACAUAUUUUUUCUUACGCUGCAUUUUCCACCGCAAUUCCCGCAAGAAAAUUCCGGCUGCUAGGGAGGAAAAACAGAACCUUCACUGCCUUGUAAUAUUUCAAGUAAAUGGAGCACUUGAAAACUCCGUUUAGAGGCAUCAUUAAAGAUGUUAGAGGAAGGGCAUUUUUUUACAAACAAGAUUGGAUUGCUGGGAUUUGUUCAGGAUUCAGAAUAUUAGCACCUACAACUUAUAUUUUCUUUGCUUCUGCUCUUCCUGUUAUUGCCUUUGGUGAACAACUUAGUAGAGACACAGAUGGAAGCUUGAGCACAGUAGAAACAUUAGCUUCGACAGCUUUAUGUGGGAUUAUACACUCAAUUCUUGGUGGACAGCCUCUUUUGAUAUUAGGAGUUGCAGAACCUACUAUUAUCAUGUACACUUAUUUGUACAACUUUGCUAAAGGAAGAGAAGAUUUGGGACAAAAGCUCUUCUUAGCUUGGGCUGGAUGGGUAUGUGUCUGGACAGCUCUUCUGCUAAUCCUUCUUGCUGUAUUCAAUGCUUGCACCAUAAUAAACAGGUUCACAAGGGUUGCAGGGGAACUUUUCGGCAUGUUGAUUGCUGUUCUGUUCAUUCAAGAGGCAAUUAAAGGAAUGGUGAGCGAGUUUGAAAUUCCAAAACUUCAAGAUCCAAAGUUAGAGAAAUAUCAAUUUCAAUGGCUUUACACAAAUGGAUUGUUGGGCAUAAUUUUCACCUUUGGCCUGCUAUACACUGCCUUAAAAAGCAGAAAGGCAAGAUCCUGGUGGUACGGCACAGGAUUGUUUAGAAGCUUGAUUGCAGACUAUGGAGUCCCAUUAAUGGUUGUGGUAUGGACUGCACUUUCAUUUUGCGUACCGAGCAAAGUUCCUUCUGGAGUUCCUAGAAGACUCUUUAGUCCUCUUCCUUGGGAUUCUGCAUCAUUACACCAUUGGACUGUAAUCCAGGAUAUGGGGACAGUUCCUGUGGCAUACAUCUUUGCUGCAAUUAUUCCUGGUGUGAUGAUAGCAGGACUCUACUUUUUCGACCACAGUGUGGCGUCGCAGCUAGCACAACAAAAGGAAUUCAAUCUUAAGAAACCGUCUGCUUAUCAUUAUGAUAUCUUGCUGCUGGGAUUCAUGACUUUGAUUUGUGGAUUACUCGGGCUUCCUCCUUCCAAUGGAGUCUUACCUCAGUCUCCAAUGCACACAAAGAGCCUUGCUGUUCUCAAAAGACAGUUGAUUAGGAGGAAGAUGGUGGAGAGUGCUAAAGAAAGCAUCAAGCAGAAAGCUAGCAACUCCGAAAUAUAUGGCAAGAUGCAAGCUGUUUUUAUAGAGAUGGAUAUAAGUCCUGUUCCUACAGUAACUAAAGAGCUACAAGACUUAAAGGAGGCAGUCAUGAACAAGGAAGAAAAUACAAAGGAUGCAUUUGAUCCUGAGAAGCAUAUUGAUGCCAAUUUGCCUGUCAGAGUGAAUGAACAAAGAGUAAGCAAUUUGUUGCAGUCAUUACUGGUGGCCGCAUCGGUGUUUGCUAUUCCUGUAAUAAAGAAGAUACCUUCAUCAGUCCUGUGGGGUUAUUUUGGUUACAUGGCCAUUGACAGUCUCCCUGGAAACCAGUUCUGGGAAAGAAUCCUACUUCUUUUCAUCAUGCCCGCGAGGCGCUACAAGGUGUUGGAGGGGGUUCAUGCUUCUUUUGUGGAGUCAGUUCCUUUCAAAUUUAUCGCUACCUUUACAAUCUUCCAAUUGGUGUAUUUUCUGGUAUGUUUUGGUGUGACAUGGAUUCCAAUCGCCGGAAUUCUGUUCCCACUUCUAUUCUUCGUUCUCAUCGGCAUAAGGCAGUACGUUCUUCCCAAGGUGUUCAGCCAGCAUCAUCUUAGAGAAUUGGAUGCAGCCGAAUAUGAAGAAAUCACCGGCACUCCACGACUAUCUCUAAGCCUCUCUUUCAGAGAAAAAGAAGCAAGUGGUUCAGGAAAUGAGGAGGGUAAAGUUGUAGUGAGCAAUGCGGAGAUGUUAGAUGAGCUAACUACUAGCAGAGGAGAGCUUAAAGUUAGAAAUGUGAGCUUCCAGGAGGAAACUCGCGGUCAGAUAUAUCCUGAAGAUAUUGUGGAAGAAGAGUGAGUUCAAGGAUGACCAAGGAUAAAUUAUUUGUCGUAAUCGUCGCUUGUACAUUCUGCUAAAACUACAGAUUCCAUGUAAUUGUAGCAGAAAAGAAAGGGAAAUUGAGAUGUUCAUCCAUGAGAAAAGCAAGAAUAGAGAAAACUGAAAAUUCUUACCUAAUCUGGGUGUUUUACGUUAGAUCAUCGGAUUAAUGAUCGGAUGAUAAUGUAAUGCCUUAAGGGUGUUUGAGAUAUCAAUCAAUAUCAUCAUCAUAAACAACUCUCUCAUAUUUCAUGUUGAUGGAUUAAAAGUAAACUUGAUCAAUGUGUUUCUAUUAGAAAGAAAAACAGCUAGUGUUGGUGAAGCUGCAGCAAGCCAUUAAUGCUAUUUUUACAGCAAUUUAAUUAAAUAUUUGUAAGAGUUUGAUUUAUUUUUAUUCA